AUGGCCCACAGAGGCCCGUUAUUGCUGAUGAAUCCACGACAGCGCGAAUCAACGGUGCAGAUCUCUCCGUUGUCGCCUUGGGGUUCUAUGCAGGAGGAGGCGAUGCUCGGGGGAGAGGAGGGGGGUGUAAAGGAGGGAGCUGCCCGGAAUUUUCACCCUGCUCAGUUCGACUACCCCUCAGGAACCCGCUUUGCCGCCUUUCCUGCCCUCCUCAACCUUCUCUCCUCCGCCCGCUCGCCGUCCGAUGUGGUCUUCUCGGAAAUGGCAGAGAAGCUUCCUCUCUUCCUGUCUCUGGCGCCUGCCGUGUCGCUGCUGAGGCGCAUACCAGUUGCAGUGCAGAACAGGAAGCUGGUGCGGGGCAUCUGGCAGGCCGUGGUGGGGUUGAGGCCCUCAGCGAGUGCCGUCCAUGCCAUGGCGCCCUCGUCUCUGCUCUUCGCUCGCACGCUCUACAUGCCGCUGUUCCCCCCCUGCGGCCACCCCAGCCCCUCUCUCCUGCACGCCUUCCGCGCGCGCCACCUCUUUCCCCCCUUCGGCCUGCCCCUUUUCUCCCAAGACGGCUCCUACCGCUCCCCUCCACCUGGGGGUCUGGCAGAGCAAGGAGCAGCGGAAGCAGGGGGGUUGCUUGUGGGGUCUAUGGGGUUGAUUGGGGCUAUGGAUGGGCGUUUGAAGCAUGACUGGGUGGUGGUGGUGGCGGCGCCCCCAUCGCGUCUGCCCACAGUGCAAGCCGCUGCGCUGGCUGCAGCGCUGCGUGCAGUGAAGUGGAUACUGAAGCAGCUCUAUACGGAGGAUAGAGUUGCCGUGUACAGACGAAACAUGCCGCUCCAAGAAG